AUGCGGGGGUCGAUCAAAAUUUAUAUCUUUUUCCUUAUCAACAGCUUCCUCUUCCGUGGAGGGAGCUUUGACAGUAAGCGUAUGGACGAGGAGCUUUCUAUUAUUGACGUCUUCGAUCUGACAACACCGACGACGUGGAAGGACCUUAUGGACUACUACGGUGCGAUAGAAAAGCAUUGGAGAAUAUGCGUGAAUUGCGGCAUUCCUACUUUGGGUACGGCGAUACAUUUAGAGCACACUAGCUCUACGGGGUCCAUGCAGCCUGCAGUUAUUCCCACAGAGUAUCUGCUGACAAGGCUGGAGGUGAUCGACAUGACCCCGAUCACGAGGGUGCACCAAGGCGCCGUGGUCUCGUUGGAACAGGCCUUGCAAUGGUCCGCCCUGAAGCACGACCCCAGGGAGCCGACGCUGCUGCUGUUCAAAUUCGGCUGGAAGAGAACCGUCACGUACAAGAGACGGUGCGUUUGCAAGAUACCUGGUUUAAGCUACGAGCUCGCCGAGUGGAUAGCGGCAAACCUGAGCCACGUGGUCGGCGUGGCGACCGACGCGCCCUCACUCGAGUCCGAACAGACCAGGGAAUUCACCACGAGGACCAUCGCCAACGUGCUAGGGAAGAGCGGCAUCUAUAUGAUUGAGAACGUCAACAUAAGGAGAAAGAUACCGGAUCGGGGCUGCAUGACCAUAGCGAUGCCCCUCAAAAUGCUCAGCGCCAACUACGUGCCAGCCCGCCUGACGGCGUUCUGCCCCUCCCAGAAGACAGACCAGCACGUCGCUAUAGCGCUGAAGAAGGCCAGCUACACAGCACAGAUCGUGGAGAGCAGGGUCUACGACGUCAAGUUGGAGGAGAUGUUGAAA